CUAAAAGUGCGCACCUAAAAUCACCCACGGUCCUUCGUACCUGUGUUCUUGGUAUCUUUCUUGCAUAUCUACUAGGACCGAAGCUAUUGCUAUUAAGUAGGACGCGGAUAAGCGUCAGAAAUGAGGAGUGGCGAAUUCGAAUUGGCACAGCUCCCCGCCGAGGAGGAAAAUUCUGGGUUCGGCCAGUUCAAUGAAAGGAACUUUGGACCUGCUGCGGACGGGCCCAGGGACAUUCCUCCGGCGGAUCGAGGAAGGGCCGCUUAUCUGUUCUUGCUGGCUUGCUUUAUGGUCGAAGCUUUGGUCUGGGGAUUCUCUUUUUCCUUCGGUAUCUUCCAAGAGUACUACACGAGAGCCUUUCCAGGUCAAACGAACAUCGCGGUCAUAGGCACGUGCUGCAUGGGCAUAACGUAUCUCUCGGCUCCGCUCGUCUUCUCUGCAUUGACCAGAUGGCCUAAGCUACGUCGGCCAGCCACCUUGGGCGGCCUUCUCAUUAUGUGUGUGGCUCUGGCAACUGCCUCUUUCGCCACAAGCGUCACCCAGCUCAUUGUGACUCACGGCAUAUUGUACGCCAUCGGCGGCUCCAUAUGCUAUUCGCCCACCAUCCUCUUCGUCAACGAGUGGUUCAUUCAGCGCAAAGGCCUCGCUUUUGGCAUCAUGUGGGCCGGCACAGGCGUGUCCGGCGUCGUCCUCCCACUCGUCUUUCAAUGGCUUCUGCACUCGUACGGGUUUCGGACUACGCUGCGGAUUUGGUCCUUGACCCUGUUCAUUCUCACGUUUCCCUUGCUUCAUUAUUUGAAGCCCAGACUACCGCUGGAGAACACGCCGAGGAACAGAAAGCUGUUUGAUAUGCGGUUCCUCUUUUCGCCCACGUUCGUAGUGCUGCAGACUUGCAACGUCGUCGAGGCGCUGGGUUUCUUUCUACCAGGGAUCUAUCUGCCAACUUUUGCCACGGAGACUCUGAAGACUUCGCCACUUGUAGGUGCGGGAACUGUCAUUCUGGUGAACGUUGCCAGUGUGUUCGGUUGCGUAUGUAUGGGAACGCUGACAGAUCGUUUCCACGUCACCACAUGCAUAUUGGUGUCUACUGUUGGUGCUACGGUGGGUGUGUUUCUGCUCUGGGGGUUUUCUACGUCUUUACCGCUGCUGUACCUCUUUUGCAUCGUGUACGGCCUGUUUGCUGGCUCUUUCAGCAGCACGUGGACAGGCGUCAUCAACGCCACACAGAGCAGAGUUGAGAACGCAGACUCUGGCCUGAUAUUUUCUUUCCUAGCGUUUGGGCGAGGUGUUGGUAAUGUGGUGUCCGGACCUUUAUCGGAGGCCCUGGUGGCGGGCAGACCAUGGUUGAAUCAAGCUGGUAUGGCAUAUGGUACGGGCUACGGACCGCUGAUUACUUUCACUGGUAUUAGUGCUUUACUGGGGGGUUGCAGUUUCUUCGUUCGACAAAUCAGUCGUAACAGCGUCUUAUAACUGAAUCUCAAGCACGGUAGAAGACAAAAUAACAUGGGAGAAAGAAAGAAAGAAGGAAAGAAAGGAUGGAUGGAGGGAGAGAGAGAGAGAAAGACAGUUUGCUCAUGGAGCAAAGAAUUCGCUGGUCACAACGCAAGCAUUG